AUGACGUCAAACCAGAAAAAGCCUUCACCUCUUUUUGAGAGUCUUAAAGGAAAAUGUUACAGAUGUGGUUCUCAAAACCAUAGGGCCAAUAACUGUGAGUUUGCUUCAAAGAUAUGUAAUAAAUGCAAGAAACAGGGACACUUAGCCAGAGUAUGUUUAGGAUCUACAAGAACAAAAAUUCACCAAGCCGAAGAAGAAGACUGUCAAGAUGAACAACACGAGAUUUUCAAAAUAGAUAGAAGAAAUGGAGAUAAAAUUAUGCUUGACUUAUCAGUUGAAGGUAAACCAGUUCAAAUGGAACUUGAUACCGGUUCUGCUAUAAGUACUCUGCCUUACUCUACAUUCAAGAAACUUGAGAUUAAUAGGAAAAUUUUUCAUACACAAGUGCAGCUACGAACAUACACUCGAGAAGUCUUCAAACCAAAAGGAGUUGUUUUUGUGCAUUGUACAUACAAGGAUCAGAAAUUUACAGGCAAACUUUACAUCGUGGAUGACAACCUUGACGCAAUAUUUGGUCGCGAUUGGUUGCGAGAAGUACAGUUAGACUGGGCUGAACUAAAGGCAGUACAACAAUACCCAAAAGUAGGUGGUCUUGACAAUCUUUUAGAGAAGUUCAAGGAUGUGUUUGAGCCAGGUAUCGGUAAGAUUCCAGAUCAACUUGGACACUUACAACUUGUCGAUGGGGCUCGUCCGGUAUUUAUGAAGGCUAGGCCUGUACCGUACGCAUUAAAACUGAAAGUGGAACAAGAACUUGACCGCUUAGAAGAAGCAGGAAUAAUUUCUAAAACUCAAGAAUCUGAGUGGGGAACACCAAUCGUUCCUGUAGUCAAGCCUAACGGAGAUGUGAGAAUAUGCGCAGAUUACAAAGUGACAGUAAACAAGCAGAUCCAAGAUGAACAUCACCCUAUUCCCAAAAUUGAAGACAUAUUUGUCAACAUGAAUGGUGGAAAAUUAUUUUGUACACUAGAUUUAAGAAAUGCUUACCUUCAUUUGGAAAUGGACAGUGAUAGUGCAAAUAUUCAAACCUUAAGCACGCAUAAGGGACAGUACAGGGUACAUAGAUUAAUGUUUGGUAUUAAAGUUGCUCCUGGAAUUUGGCAGAAAACAAUGGACAAGACGUUGGCAGGCCUAGAGGGGAUACAGUGCUUCUUUGACGAUAUAGUCAUUCAGGGAAAUUCAGAAGAGGAACUACUUCUGCGUUUGGAAAGUGUCUUAGGAAAACUAAGAGAAAAAGGUUUAAGACUCAAUCGUGACAAAUGCAAGUUUCUCCAGAGAAGAAUACAUUAUUUGGGCCACGUCAUUGAUGAAAAAGGUAUACAUAAAUGUAUGGACAAAGUAGCUGCCCUAACUAAGGCAAGAAAACCUGAGAAUAAAGGGAACAAAUACGUUUGGAAUGAACAAUGUGAACAGAGUUUUGAACAAAUCAAGAAAGUUAUCUCCAGUGAUACUGUUCUUUGCCACUACAGUCCAGAACUACCACUAGUAUUAGCUACAGACGCAUCUCCUGUUGGUUUUGACUCAACAGUUCGCAGCCCAUCUCUGCUCAGUGUCCAGGUGUUCAAUUUGGCAACACUGUACGGGGUAUGCGCCCAGUCAGAGCCGGUGGCGGUCUGGAAGUGCCGUAUUCGGCCUCUGCACUAUCCAAAUUAA